AUGGCUUUACAAGGAGCCACUCCAGUGCUGAGACAGGAUAUGACCAUGAAUCCUGGUGCCUCCAUGUCUCCUUUCACUGCACUUCACUUUUCCCCACCUACUCCCAGAACCCAAUACCAACCACUCUGGGAGCAACACCAACUGCCCCUCAUGACUUCAUCGUGCCCUCCUAGCAUGCCUCUGGGACUCUCUGUUUUCCCUAAGCCACCGCUGGUGACAGGAGUUGGAGGCCCUGGCCCCAAUAUGGCUGUGACUGGUAACAUCAUUCUCCAAGUCAGGUCAGAAGGGGAGCUCCCUGUGCCUCAGACUGUCAUCGUGACACAGACCCCACUCAAUUGGAACACCCCAGGGACUGUUAGUGGGACUGUUUUGAAUGCUCCACCACCAUUUGUGGCAGCCUCUGCUAUGGAGCAAUUGAUACCUGCCACUUCUGUUGUGGAUGACUCCUCCUGUAACUCCAAGAGUGUUUAUGAGAACUACCGACGUUGGCAAUGCUUCAAGCCUCUGGCCCGGAGACACCAUCUCCAAAGUCCAGAUACGGAAGCUCUUUCCUGCUUUCUCAUCCCAGUCAUGAGAUCUCUGGCUCAACUGAAGCCUACCAUGAUCCUGGAGGAGGGACUGUGGCGGUCCGUGCAGGAAUGGCAGGACAAAAGCAACUUUGACCGGAUGAUCUACUACGAGAUGGCAGGAAAGUUCAUGGAGUUUGAAGCAGAUGAGAUGCAGAUUCAGAAGCUGCAGCAGAGGAAGGGAUCAGCACACCUUCCUCCUCCAGUUCCACAGAAAUUCCAUCCUCCCAAAACUUCAGAUACUGUGACUGGGCAGCACCCAGACAGGAAGUGCCAAAACACUACUCCACAAGAAGCAGCAACACAGAUCCAAGUGCACUUGGGAACCCAAAGCACCCACGAAGCCAUGAAAGAGUAUGCUGACAUCAUGGAAGAUCUCCUGGGACUUGCCUAUUCAGCCACUGGAGAGCCAAAUGGAAAGGAGAAAGGAGAUAAUGAGCAGCAGCAGGAAAAGCAUGACAUAUACACAGACCCAGGACUCCUGAACUACAAUGACAAACUGUGUUCACAGGAAGCCUUUGUAACCAAGGUGGAACCAGUUAUUCAUCUGCAAUUCCUGGAAAUGUUACUAUCACCAGAAUCACAGACAGAUCCCUUGUCCUUAAUUCAGGAGUUGGAGCAAGAGGAAAGACUCACCCUCUCUCGGGUGGUAGCAGUUAUUCACCCACAAUUCCUGGAAAUGUUACUAUCACCAGAACCACAGGCAGAUCCCUUGUCCUUAAUUCAGGAGCUGGAGCAAGAGGAAGGACUCACCCACACUCAGCUCAUGGAGAAGAGACUGUUGAAGUUGAGAGAGGCAGAGAAUGUGGAGGCACUCCCAAGUUAUAAUGUGCUCUAA